CCACUGGUGCCGUCCGCUGGCUUGAUCGUGUCGCGCGGCCGCUCCCUCGUCUGGAUGAAUCUCGAACCCCGCUCGUCGCUCCUAGUUUGGCUGGAUUUCUCAGAUUCACCGGUCUAGCAUAAUGAAUGCGAGACUGCUUGAAGAUGAAGCUACCGUGGAGAAAGGAGAUCAUGCGAGAAUGGCAUCAUUUGUUGGUGCUAUGGCAAUUGCAGAUCUGGUCAAGACAACUUUAGGCCCCAAAGGAAUGGAUAAGAUAUUGCAGUCAACUGGUAGAGGACAUAGUGUCACCGUUACUAAUGACGGUGCUACAAUUUUGAAGUCACUUCAUAUUGACAAUCCAGCUGCUAAGGUCCUUGUUGAUAUUUCUAAAGUGCAAGAUGAUGAAGUUGGUGAUGGAACAACCUCUGUUGUUGUUUUAGCUAGAGAACUUCUCAGAGAGGCUGAAAAAUUAGUAAAUCAAAAAAUUCACCCAAGGACGAUCAUUGCAGGAUACAGAAUGGCUGUUGAGUGUGCAUGUAAUGCAUUGCUGCGGAAGGCAAAGGAUAACAAACAAGAUCCAUGCAGAUAGAUUCAAGUCAGAUUCAAUGAAAAUUGCUAUGACAACCUUGAGCUAAACAAUUUCUCUCUUUGGACAAAGAACAAUUUAAUAAACUAGCAAUGGAUGUUGUGCUAAGGAUGAAGGUAAUAUCUUUUCUUUUACACUAAUCAAGUGAACAGUUGAAGCAUUUUCUUUGAGACAACUUCAUUGUGUUAGAACAUGAUUAAUCAAUUUGGCUUUUUUUGGAUUAUAUUAUAGAUUUUUUUUUUAAUCCGAAGAUGUUGAAAAUUUUCAUCUUUAUUUGAUAAUUUUCAUUGUCUA